AUGUCAGACGAACAAAAUAAUUUGACAUCGAGUAAUAACGAUAGGCACUGCAAGAGGUGCAAUCGUGCCGAUGCCGAUGACGACAUGGUAUGCUGCGAUGUAUGUGAAUCGUGGAUUCACUUUCAGUGUGCUGGUGUUAGUGAAUCUAUAGCCGAACCGGAUAGAAGUUUUAAGUGCAAUAAAUGCAUGACUGAUUGGGAUGGCGAAUCGAAAUCAGCUGUUUCUUUCAAUGAGUCGUCUGUCAGCAAGAGUAGUCGAGCAUCGCAGAAAUUGCAGCUUAGUCUUCAACUUUUUGAGGAGCAGCAAAAUUUGAAGCAGAAACAAAUCGAAAUAGAACAAGAGUACUUACGGAAGCGAUAUGAAUUGCUGUUUCAGAUUGAAGAGGAAAAGGAUUCUAGCAAAUCAAGUCGGAAAAGUGGAAUCAGCGUGAAAAGAAGGUGUGAACAAAUGGAGAACUGGCUUAAUAAGGGAACACAAGUUGACAGAGCGGGACAGUCGGAGCCUACAAUGUCUGAACAGAAGGUUACCCUGCCAGUACCAGUCGUUUGCCAGAAGAAUGAUGUUCCGGUACCAAAGCCAACGUCAUUUGCCUCGAACGUUCUUACUGUGACCAAUCCGAAUUUGCUUAAUCUCAAUCCAGGAGUUCCAGUUCCAGGUGGAAGUUUUAGUACCGAAUCGUUUGUAUCAACACCGGGCAAAACUACAGCAAAUCCGCAUUCGAUUUCUUCAGUAGUUUCUGGUAUAGUGAUCCCUGCUGGAGGUAGUUCGAUCACGUCCGCUGCUGUAAUGUCGACGAGCGUUUCGUUAAUACCCGUAUCUGUACCAACAAUUUCAACAUCGAUUCUGCCCAGCGUUACGGAUGCUCUUAUCCGUGCAGUGCCAUUGUAUAAAAGAAACGUAACUAACUCAGGACUUGUCUCUUCUGGAAAUACAGUAAUCACUUCUACUGUGCAGCAUCCUUCGAUUCCCGGUUUGGCAGUUUCCGGAGUUCCAUGGUUACCGGAAUUUCCCGUUUUGAAUCCAGUGUCUUCAUCUCCGCUGCCCGAUAGGAGCUACUGUUCGAUUCCUGGCUUGGCCACAAUCACUUCUACUGUGCAGCAUACUUCGAUUCCCGGUUUGGCAGUUUCCGGAGUUCCAUGGCUACCCGAAUAUCCUGUUUCGAGUUAUUAUCCACCAACAAGUGUGCCUGUUUCUGCUGUAAGACCGGCGUCAGUACCGUCUGUUGUACCAUCAUCGUUGGGAGUUUAUGGAAAUAGACACGAUGUUCCAGUUAGCGUAGGGCCGAAUAGUGCUCAGUUGGCGGCUAGGCAGGUUAUGCCGCGUGAAUUACCGAAGUUCAACGGGGAUCCUCACGAGUGGCCCAUCUUCUACAGUUCUUUUAAGAAUACAACGGAUGUUUGUGGAUACACCGACGCUGAGAAUCUAGCCAGAUUACAACGUUGCUUAGGAGGUGCCGCACUGGAAGCAGUAAGGAGUCGUCUACUUUUACCAGCGUCCGUGCCGUACGUGAUGGAUACAUUACAAAAGCUCUACGGUAGACCCGAGAUUCUGAUCAGUUCUCUUCUGGAGAAAGUACGAAACGUUCCACCGCCAAAGUCAGAAAAUCUGAGUUCCAUUGUCUGCUACGGGUUGGCGAUACAAAAUCUCGUUGAUCACAUUGUGUUGGCCGAACAACAAGCACAUUUAUCGAAUCCUAUGUUACUUCAAGAAUUAGUUGAUAAAUUGCCCGCUUCAUUGAAGAUGCAGUGGGGCACGUUCAAGCAAGCGUAUACGAACGUCAACUUGGCGACGUUCAACGGAUUUAUGUCAGGACUAGUGAAUUUAGCUUCCGAGCUUUGCAUUGAUGUAGUCUCUGUCCAAAACUAUCAACAGUCGCAGAGAACGGAAAAACAGAAACAAAAGGAAAAGCUAUUUACUCAUUCCAGCGUGCUGCCUAGUACGUCAAAACACAGGUCAGUCGAGGAAUCUACUUCAAAAGCGUGCGCUUACUGUGGGAAAGACGACCAUCAGAUUAUAAAUUGUCGCGGUUUCAAAUCGUUAGACGUUGGAGGUCGGUGGAAGGCAGUUCGACAGAAGAACUUGUGCCGGUUGUGCUUGAUUCCGCAUCGUAAAUGGCCGUGUAGAUCGAAGGAAUGUGGACAAGAUGGAUGUCGAGUUCGACAUAAUAUGCUACUACACAGUAGUCGCAAUGACGACGGAAAUGGUCAUAGGUCGGGAGAAGUCGUUCAUCAGAACCAUCAUCAUACGAAAUCCUUUUCGUUGUUUCGUUAUUUGCCAGUUACGCUGUAUGGAAACGGAAGAGAAGUAAACACCUUCGUAUUCCUAGAUUAUGGAUCGUCGUGUACACUGCUUGAAGAAGGAAUCGCUGCACAGCUUGGCAUAGAAGGAGAACCUGAUCAUCUAUGGCUGAGUUGGACCGGAAAGGUUAGCAGACAUGAAAAAACUUCAAGGAGGCUGAGUAUUAAAAUAUCCGGAGACGAACAUAAGGAAAUGUUUCAGCUAGCGAAUGUUCGUACGGUGCGUGAGCUAGGUCUUCCAAGUCAAACACUGGACUAUUCAGAGUUGUCGGAUAGAUUUCCGCAUCUUCAAGGACUUCCCGUAGCAAGCUACAUCGAUGCCAAACCUGGUAUGAUAAUCGGUUUGGAACACGUACGGCUUCUAACUAGUUUGAAGACAAGAAAAGGCUGCAGUAGUGAACCUGUAGCGUCGAAAACUCGGUUGGGAUGGUGCGUGUACGGAAGGAAUUGUGGAAAUGGAGACUCGGUUGAACAGUUACACAUCCAUUCAUGUGACGACAUGAGCAACAGCAGCCUACAUGAUGCAAUGCGGAAGUUUUUUACGAUGGAAGAAGUAGUUUCGACGCAUCAGUUAGAAUCGGAAGAGGAUAAACGAGCACGUAGUAUUUUGGAGGUAACAACGGUACGAAAAGGAAACCGAAUGGAGACGGGUUUGCUUUGGCGAAAUGACGAGCGGAAUUUCCCGAACAGCUAUCAAAUAGCGAUCAGCAGGUUGAGAGGCUUAGAGAAACGGUUAGCAAAAGACCCCGGCUUACGGAUAAAAGUCAUUGAUCAAAUCAAAAGCUACGAGCAGAAACAGUACGUUCGAAAAAUAUCGCCAGAAGAGUUAGCAAAAGUAAACACUAGGCGAACAUGGUUUCUACCUUUAGGUGUUGUGACGAAUCCUAAGAAACCAAACAAAAUUCGAAAGGUGUGGGAUGCAGCUGCGAAAGCAGGUGGAGUUGCGUUUAAUGGUAUGCUGCUCAAAGGUCCGGAUCUGCUCGUAUCGCUAGUCAACCUUUUGCUACGUUUUCGAGAAGGUAAAAUAGCAGUAUGCUCGGAUAUUCGCGAAAUGUUUUUGAGAAUUCUUAUUCGGGAAGAGGAUAAGUGGUCGCAGUGCUUCCUGUGGCGUGACAGUCCAGCAGAUGAAGUGCAGGUGUACGUAAUCAACGUCGCUAUGUUCGGAGCAACCAGCUCACCGUGUACGGCACAGUUCGUAAAGAACAGAAACGCUCUCGAAUAUGCCAAAUUAUAUCCCAGAGCAGCAGAUGCAAUCGUUUACAACCACUACGUCGACGAUUUUCUGGACAGUGUCAAUUCGGAGGAUGAAGCAGUAAAACUAAUUGAAGAAGUGCAGCUCAUCCACGCUGCAGCAGGUUUUGAAUUCGGAAAGAUAUUGUCGAACUCGUCGAAUGUGCUCGAUCGUCUGGGAGAAACCGAGUCGUUGAACAGCAAGUCGCUAGGUUUGGACAAAGAUCCUUCGUGCGAGCGAGUCUUAGGAUUGGUGUGGGUUCCGUCAACGGAUAGCUUUACCUUCGAUCGAUCAGCCGUUAAAGAUGUUCUAGGUAGCAAUAUUGUAACUCCGACAAAACGGCAAGUGCUACGAACAGAACUAACUUUGGACGAACCGAUUUCUGAGUGCUUAAGCGAUCUUUGGAGUAGAUGGAUUGAGUUGUACGACAAGAUCGACGAAGUAAGGAUACCCCGAUGUUAUUUUGUUGGACCUAAGGAGGUGGAUGAAAUCGAGAUUCAUGUGUUCACAGAUGCCAGCGUGUCGGCAUGUGCAUGUGUAGCAUAUCUGAGGAUGUCGAAUAACGGAAGUUGCUGGUGUUCUCUAGUAGCAGCAAAAACAAAGGUUGCGCCAAUUCGUCCACUUUCAGUUCCUAGGUUGGAAAUUCAAGCGGCUAUGAUGGGAGCUCGAUUAAUGCAAACCGUAAGCUCUGCACUCACGGUCAACAUAAGAAGUCGAUUCCUGUGGACAGAUUCAACGGUAGUUCUAGCCUGGCUUCGCUUCGACAGUCGUCGAUAUCCUCCGUUCGUGUCGUUUCGAGUCGGUGAAAUCCUUUCGCUUACCAGUGUUGAUGAAUGGUACUACGUGCCGUCAAAGCUCAACGUAGCUGACGAUGCCACGAAGUGGAAUACAGGAUUGUCGUUUGAUCCAGACAGCCGUUGGUUUCAAGCCCCCUCAUUUCUACCCACGAAAGAGCAGUGGCCAAAACAGUCUACUAAAGUAGAUGAAACGGAUGCCUCCGUUGAAGAAGUUCGAGUAGUACCAGUACACCAUGUAGUAGAGGAGAUCGUUAAUGCAGAUCGUUUUUCUAACUGGAAUCGAUUAGUAAGAGCGAUGGCUUAUGUUUAUAAAGCAAUAAAUAAAUGGAAACAAUCUGAAAGCGGUAGUUGUCUUCGCCUCGGACAGGAUGAGUUCAAUAAGGCAGAGGAAGCUCUCUGGCGCCAGGCGCAAGCGCAGUCAUAUGAGGAAGAGAUUCAGGCAUUGACGAAGGGUUGCAGUGUUAGUAAACAAAGCUCGCUGAGGUCGAUGGUUCUCUAUCUGGACGAUAAAGGACUUGUUCGGAUCAAAGGCCGAAUCGGAAAUGCAUCACAUAUUCCCUACGCGACCAGGUACCUAGUAGUACUUCCCAAGAACAGCCGAAUAACCUUCCUUAUUGUGGAUGCUUUCCAUCGACGGUUUCUUCAUGCGAACAACGAAACAGUUUACAACGAAUUGCGACAAAAGUUUCACAUUCCAAAAUUGCGAACAUUCAUACGCCAAGUUGGAAGAAUUUGUCAGCACUGUAAAGUGAAGAAAGCUGUUCCGGUGCCACCGUUAAUGGGACCGCUUCCCAAAGUACGCUUAACGCCACUUAUUCGACCAUUUACGUACGUCGGUGUCGAUUAUAUGGGACCGUUCGAGGUCAAAAUUGGACGCAGUCUGGUAAAGCGCUGGAUAUGCUUCUUCACCUGUCUCACGAUUCGGGCAGUUCAUUUGGAACUGGUGCAUAGCCUUUCAACAAUCUCUUGUGUAAUGGCAGUCAGAAGAUUUGUGUCUCGGCGGGGCGCGCCUCUUGAGAUUUUCUCCGAUAAUGGCACCAACUUCGUUGGAGCAAAUCGCCAGUUGUCAGAAGAAAGGUCGAAAAUCGAGAAAAUAUCCAAGCACUGUGCCGCCACAUUCACGAACGCAGAUACGCAGUGGCAUUUUAACGUUCCUGCAGCUCCGCAUAUGGGUGGACCAUGGGAACGCAUGGUUAAAUCCGUAAAGGUUGCGAUGAAAGCUAUCUCAGACAGUCCCCGACAUCCAAGUGAUGAGGUUUUAGAAACUAUCAUGUUGGAAGCGGAAGGCAUUGUAAAUUCCCGACCACUGACCUACGUACCGUUGGAAGCAGAAGAUCAAGAGUCACUCACGCCGAAUCAUUUCCUGCUAUACAGUUCAAGCGGGAUCAAACAACCACCGAGCGAUCCUGUAGCUAAAGGAUACAUUCUACGGGAUAGUUGGAAGCUAGCGCAGCACAUCAUAGAUGAAUUCUGGCGAAGGUGGGUUCGGGAAUAUCUUCCAAUGUUAACGCGCCAGACGAAAUGGUUCGAUGCAGUUAAACCAUUAGAACCGGGUGAUCUAGUUGUCGUCGUCGAUGAACAAGCUAGAAACCGUUGGGAACGAGGACGCAUUCUCGAGACGUUUCCGGAUAAAACCGGACAAGUAAGAAGAGCGACGGUGCAGACAAACAGAGGAGUGUUUGCUAGGCCGGCGGUGAAACUAGCCGUUCUAGAUGUCGUAAGCAGUAGCCAGAACUCGGAGCGAAUCGCUUCGGAAUCGGGGAUGAUUCACGGGUAG